AUGCGCGCCGCUCCGUCCCAGGGCAAGUCGCGUGCGCAGGCGAUCUCGGGCAUCGGCCGCGGGGCCGUGGGCCAGUCGCAGAUCACAGACAAGAGCGGGAGGAUUACCGAGUACUGGUCGGAGGACGACAAGUGCCCGAUCUGCAAGACAGACCGCUACCUGUCGCCGCGCCUCCGGCUGAUGGUGAGCCCGUGCUACCACAAAAUGUGCGAGUCGUGCAUCGACCGCCUCUUUUCGCUGGGCCCGGCUGCAUGCCCGGUGUGCGGGCAGAUUGUGCGCAAGCAGCAGUUCAGUGCACAGACCUUCCAGGACCUGCGCGUUGAGGAGGAAGUGACGAUCCGGAAACGAGUGGCCAAACUCUUUAACCGGAAGCCGGACGACUUUCCCUCGCUCAAGGCGUACAAUGACUACCUCGAGGAGUUUGAAGAGAUCACCUUUAACCUCGUCAACAAGAUCGACGUGGAACAUACCCAGCAGCGCCUCGCGCAGUACGAGGCACUGAACAAGUCUGUCAUUGCGGCGCACCAGCAGCAGCGCGAGCAGGAGUCGGAGAUGCAGCUGCAGGCCGACCAGGAGGCGCGGAACGAGCGUGCGCUGCGUGCACAGCGCGUGCGUGCGGAGCAGGAGCGCGAGCAGCAAGAGCGCGAGGAAGAAGAAAAGGAAAUCGUCGCCGAGCUCGCCAAAGGGCGCAGCAUCGAGGACGUGAUGCGCGACCGCGAGAAGCGCAUGGAGGCGCGUACGCGCGAGGCGCAGAAACGCGAGCGCGAGGAGCAGCAGCGUCUCCAAGAGUACGAGGAGCAGCUCAAGGCCAAGCGGCGGGCCGUGCCCAAGACGAAGCAGUCGCCCGCCGAGAUGGAGCUAGUGCGGGAGAUAGCGCUCUCGGACUAUGAUGGUGCCUUUGCGACGAUUGACGACGGCGCUGCGCUCGCGCCGCCCCGCGCGGCGCCUGCCUCGCUCGGCGGCCUCGGCACCUCUGCCGACGGUUACGUCGACCCCUGGCUCAAGCCCGAGCUGGCGACAAAGCAGGCCGCGGCGCAGUACCGCGCGGGCGGCUACGACUGGCAGCACCAAGUGUGGCAGCGCGGAUUGAGUGCUGCGUGCGACGCGCUAGCGCUGCGGCCUGCACGCCGCGCCUAG